GUGAAACGGAGGAGAGAGUCUCUUCAAUCUGCGACCGGAGAGCAACACAUUCAGUCACACUCACACCCGGACUCAAUUAAGUCACUAAUUAUCCUCAUUUAGCUCUUUCAACGUCUCUCGAACUGCGCGAAAUUGGGAAUUAAAUUAAGUUUUUUUGUUUAGUUUUUUUUUAAUGAAAACGCAGAUUUUUCAACCAUAAGGUCUCUGUUGCCGGGGCUAACAGCUAAGCUAACGCUCCUUUUGCUAAACCAGCGGCAUCCUUCACUACACUUGCCACAUAGAGGCGUUAUCUGCUCCGUGCAGAGCAGUGAUGUCACAGAACUGAGGAUAGUCUCAUAAAAUAUGGAGUCUGGAGAGCGGCUGGCCUCCCCAUCUUCAGCCUCAUCCUCCCAUCACAUGGCCUCCUCCUCAGCCAGCUCCUCCCCUGCUCCAACCCAGACACCCUCCAGCAAAUGCAGCCCCGCCCCUAACCCUGCAGGCAGUUCCCCUCUCACCACCUGUGGCCAUUUGCUACAGAUGAUGGGGGAUGAAUGUUUAAAUACAUCUGGCAGCUCCAAUGGUUUUCCUGUAGUCAGCCAUCCAGCUUUUGGGCUCUAUACAUCAAGUUCGGGCCGGUCUGAGUUUGGAGGCCUUGGUAGUCUUGGAUUGUCUGCCUUGGCUGCUCACUCUCAGUUUGGUACAUUUCCAGACUGGUGGCGGCCAUCUGAAGCGCAUACCAGAGGAGCAGCAGCCUUCUUCCCUCCUCUUCUGGGUUUGCAUCCUGUAUUUGCAUCAAACUUGAAGAGCCAUGAUCCUGCUCACUUACAGUCCUGUGCCUCAGGCGUGAAUGGAACAGUGAAUGGUAGGAGUGCUUCCUCUCCUACUGGGAACUCUGCUGUGAACACCAGUUCAUUUCCAGCAAAGGGAAACAAAGAGAAAACUAAAGCCAACAGUGGUCAGAGUCCAAAGAGCUGUCAGGACCCAGGCCAACUACACCAGAAGACUGUUCAGAAAACAAAAGAAAAGAAACCCAGCAAAAGACCACUAGAGACCUCGAGCAUGAGCGGCAGCCAGUCAGGAUCCUUGUCAGAUAGCUCCAGUGAUGGUGAGGAGAGCAGCAGUGAUCCUGAUGACAUGGAGGAGGAGGAGGAAGAGGAGGACAAUGAUGAAGAUGAGGAUGAUCAGAGCAAUGACAGCGAGGACUCUGAUUCAGGAAAAGAGAGUCAGUUUAAACGGAAAGUCAAGCGGCUGACACAGAACACUACCGAGAGUAAAAAGAGGAGACCUCGUACCACUGAUGGAAAUACAACUCAAGACAGUCAUUGUGAUAGCGUUCCUUUGACUUCCUCGUACUGCCUCCAGUCUCAUUCUGCUGUCCGGGCUCAAUCCACAGCACUGUUUCUCCAGAGCUCCAGGACCGCAGAGGAGGGAGGCCAGAAACACAUCAGUGUCAUCCAGGCCACAGGGCUGGCAGCCAGCAACAGUCCCUCAGCGCAGUCCCACAGAGAGGCCUCUCCUCUGCUCUCUAGGUCCUCACCCAACCCCAUGUCCUUCUCCAGCUCACCCAAACACUUACCUCCUUCCACUUCACCAAAGCACUUCUCUCAUUCGUCCUCACCAAAGCAUAGCUCUGUCUCCUCCUCUCCCAAACCACUUGCUCUCUGUUCCCCUACAAAACCCCUGUCUCUGGGUUCCUCACCUAAACCCUCAUCUCUUUCUUCACCCAAACCUCUCUCCCUCUCUUCUUUACCCAAACCACCAACACUGUCAGCCUCAGAAAAGCCCUCGCAUAAACAAAGAUUUUUGAUGCCCUCUCCCAAGCACACACAGCCAGUUGAUAGCCUGAAGGAGAGCAGUGGAAACAUCCCAGAUGAAAUGUCAUUACACUUCAACAGUUUUAAAUUAAAACAGCCCAUCCAUUCCAAGGACUCUUUCAAGCAGGCCUUCUCUCUUCGACCUUUGAGCAAGAACUGCAAUGACACCAAUCUGUUCCUGAAACAUCACCCUAAUGGAGUAAUCCACAGCGAAGUUCAGGAUGCGCCCUUAGCUCUCAUCACAAAGCCGCGCAGCCAGAGCAGCACCCCGAACAGCACCCCGAACAGCAAGCCGCUUCUGGCAGCUACUACCCCUCCCUACCCAAUGCCCAUCAACUUGAGCACUGGCACCAAGGAACCAUCAGGCAGCUCUGUUUCCCCUUUUAAGUCUUCUCCCUCAUCUGCUCACGGAUCAAGGAAGACCAAGACUCCAAAAUCUCUGCAUGCAGGAAAGAGCCUCCCUAAAACCAACUCAUCCUAUUCACCUGUAGACUUGGUCAGAGGCAGUGAGUCUGAUAUCCACAGCAGCAAGGAGUUAGACUCAGACUCUUUAGGAGAGGACUACGAUGAUGACGAUGACGAUGAAGAUGAUGAAGAUGAUAUCAAUGAUGAAGAUUCUGGAAGCAGUCUGUCAGAGUCAGAGAGCAAUCUGGAGAGCGACUCUGAUGGCUCCGAGGAUGAUAUGAAAGAGCGUGGUGAGACAGAAGCAGAUAGCGAUGCAGAAAGGACUCCUCUAAAACAAGCUAAAGCAAGUCCCCGGAAGUCCCCUUCAAACAUCUCAGCCAACUGCUCCCUGCUUAACCUGCACAUCAUCAAGCCUCCUAGUUUACCUAGUAGUCUACUCACCCCUACCACAAUGACCCACUCAGGGACACUGAGUAACCACAGCACCCCGUCCCCAUCCUUCACAUUUGCCACACUGCCAGGAUCUGGAAAGAGGAGGAGAGUGACAGAUGAAAGAGUUCUACGACUGCCCCUUGAGUUUGGGUGGCAGAGAGAGACCCGGAUCAGGACUGUAGCAGGUCGUCUACAAGGGGAGGUGGCUUACUUUGCUCCAUGUGGGAAGAAGCUGCGUCAGUAUCCUGAUGUAAUGAAGUACUUACUCCGGAAUGGAAUAACUGAAAUCUCACGGGAUAACUUCAGCUUUAGUACAAAAAUUAAAGUUGGUGACUUCUACGAAGCCAGAGAAGGACCAGAGGGUUUGCAGUGGUUCUUGCUGGCUGAGGAAGAGAUUGCUCCCAGUAUCAUAGCAAUGGAUGGGAGGCGCAGCCGCCGCUCAAAAUCUGAGCACCAGCCGACAGGUGAUGGCACCGGGGCCAGACAGUGGAAGGCUCAUCCUCUAAAUGCUGGUGAAAAUAACCUCCAAGAUGUCAGUAAUGCCAAGUUGCUACGUAAACUGGAGGCUCAAGAAAUAGCUCGACAGGCAGCUCAGAUCAAAUUGAUGAGAAAACUGGAGAAGCAGGCCAUGGCGCAAGCAGCCAAGGAGGCAAGGAGGCAACAAGCAAUAAUGGCCGCUGAGGAGAGGCGGAAAAAGAGAGAGCAGAUGAAGAUUCUUAAACAGCAAGAGAAGAUCAAGCGCAUUCAGCAAAUUCGUAUGGAGAAAGAACUCCGUGCACAGCAAAUUCUCGAGGCUAAAAGAAAGAAGAAACAAGAUGCAGCCAAUGCCAGAAUAUUGGAGGCUGAGAAACGAAACAAGGAGAAGGAGAUGCGAAGACUGCAAGCUGUCAUACUGAAGCACCAGGAGUUGGAGAGGCAUAGACUAGAUAUGGUAUGGGAGAGAGAAAGACGCAGGCAGCACAUGAUGCUCAUGAAGGCUGUGGAGACCCGUAAGAAGGCAGAGGAGAAAGAGCGUCGGAAGAAAGAGAAGAAGGAUGAGAAACGGUUAAACAAGGAGAGGAAACUGGAGCUCAGAAGACUGGAACUGGAAAAAGCGAAGGAGCUGAAGAAGCCAAAUGAAGACAUGUGUUUAGCAGAUCACAAGCGGCUUCCAGAGUUGUCACGUAUCCCUGGUUUGGUCUUACCUGGAAACACCUUCUCUGACUGCCUGAUGGUGCUGCAGUUUCUACGCAGCUUCGGAAAGGUCCUGGGAUUAGACAUGAAUUUAAACAUCCUCAGCCUAAGUGACCUUCAAGAGGGGUUACUCAACGUCGGGGACAGCAUGGGCAAGGUGCAGGACCUGCUGGUGAACAUGCUCUCUGCAGCUGUGUGUGAUCCGGGUAUACCUGCAGGUCACAAGAGCAAAACCAGCUUGGGGGAUCACUUGACUAAUGUGGAGAUCAACCGGGACAAUGUGUCUGAGAUCCUGCAGAUCUACAUGGAGGGCCACUGUGAGCAGACAGAGCUGGCUGCUCUGGCCCUCAGCCUCAGGACUAAGGCUUUUCAGGCACACAGUCCAUCUCAGAAAGCCUCCAUUCUAGCUUUCCUGGUUAAUGAGCUCUGCUGCAGUAAAGCUGUGAUCAGUGAAAUCGACAAAAACAUAGAUCACAUGACCAACCUGAGGAAGGAUAAGUGGGUUGUUGAGGGAAAGCUUCGCAAACUGAGGAGCAUCCACGCCAAGAGGACGGGGAAGAGAGACAGCAGUGUGGUAGGAGAGGACAGCCACACCUUUGCCAUCCCCACUGCCAGAAGCAAAUGCAAGAGAAAAGACGGGGACAGUGAGGAAGAGGAGGACGAGGAUGAUGACAGUGAGGACCAAGGAGAUGACGAUGACGAGGAGGAGGAAGAAUCAGGGGGAAAGAAAGGCAAGAAAGCAGAGAUAUGUGAAGAGGAGGACGACAGUGUACAUUCAGCCAGCAUUGAGGAGCUGGAGAGACAGAUUGAGAAAACAUAUAAGCAACAGAGUCAGAUCAGACAGAAGCUGUUUGACUCAUCUCACUCACUGCGCUCCAUGAUGAUUGGACAGGACCGCUACAGGAGGCGUUACUGGGUCCUCCCACACUGUGGUGGCCUCUUUGUUGAAGGCAUGGAAAAUGGCGAAGGUUAUGAAGAGGUGGAGAAAGAGAAGGAAAGACAGGAGACUGCUCAGGUGAUAAUGGUGAAGGAGGAGCAGCUGGAAGAGACAAAGAAGCCAGUGAUAACCAGCAUGGACAGCGAUACAGCCACUCCAGAGAGUCAGCAGGACAGUCUCAAUCUCUUCCUCCAGAAACCUGGCUCCCUAUCUAAGCUCAGCAAACUCCUUGAAGUUGCCAAAAUGGCUCGAGAUUCAGACAUCAAUUCACACCACAGUCAUUCUGCUAAAAUCCCUACCGCUGCAUCUUAUCCCUCACAUCCCACUUCUCAGACAGGAAUGUCCCACAGCACCCUGCCUGUAACCCCUCAGCAGGGACUCACAGAUAAAACUGGUACUUCAGUGCCAUCUCUGCUCAGUGCCCCCCAGCUCAAAAGCAGUCCCUGGAUAACCUGCAGCCCUCAGACUGUCCUUCAUGACGACCAACUCUCCAAAAUACUGACGGAAAAGAGCAACCAAUGGUUUAGCCUUUUACCACGCUCUCCUUGCGACGAGUCCUCUGUCACCUCUGGCUCUAGUCCUCCAGCCUCUUACUCUUCUCCACAGACCAUAAGCACCAAAUCCCCCUCCUCCCUCUCCCCGAAUCUCCUAGCUGCAACCAGCCACAGCACUCCUGCUGGGAUCAAUAACAUACAAUCGCCUGUCCUUCAGCAAGUAAAGUCUGGCAUUCAUCAGAGCAGACUGACACUGUGUGACGUGUCCAGUGCAGCGACAAGUCCCAGCCUGCCCUUCCCUGGCACUGCUCUACCCCCCGUGCCGGAUCUGGCCUCCCAGCAUGCAGAGGGUAGUGGGAACAGGGUCUUCUUCCUGGUGAAUAACAACUCUGUCAACAAGAGUGAGACCGUAGAGGCCCUGAGUGACAAGCCCCCUAAUGCCUCUUUCCCUGCUGUGGAGGUGGCCAAGACCCAGGAUUACCCAAGAACUCAGCCUAUCCCAGAGGAGAUGCUGCAUGGUUGGUGGCGAGUGUCAGACAUGCAGGAACUGCACAGUCUGGUUAAGGCCCUCCAUAACCGAGGCAUCAGAGAGCGGGUCUUGCAGAAACAGUUCCAAAAACAUAUGGAGUAUAUGAGCCAGCUCUGUAACAGCAAAGAUGUGAUUGAUGUGGCAGAGCUGGAGAAGCAGGAGGUGAGUGAGAAGACAGUGGAGAGUUGGUGCGUUGAGGAGCAGGCCAUGGAGGUGGACAUCGGCCUGCUGCAGAAGGUGGAGGAUCUCGAGAGGAAAGUUGUCUGUGCCAGCCUGCAGAUAAAGGGUUGGAUGCACCCUGAGCCCCAGUCAGAGAGGGAGGAUCUGGUCUAUCAUGAGCACAAGCUCCUCUCUUCGCCAGCUCCAGAGAACAAGGGUCAGAGAGAAACCAGCCCGGAGGAAGCUGGGGCUAUGGUGCGACGGCCAAACAAUCCUCUUGAUAUAGCUGUAAUGCGGCUAGAUGAGCUGGAGAGGAACAUCGAAAGAAGCAGUGAGGAGGAGGUGGCUCCUGGGAUGAGGUUGUGGCGUAAAGCCCUCUGUGAAGUCCGCAGCUCAGCUCAGCUGUCACUCUGCAUUCAGCAGCUGCAGAAAUCCAUCGCCUGGGAACGGUCCAUCAUGAAAGUGCACUGCCUCCUCUGUCAAAAGGGGGAUAAUGAAGAACUGCUCUUACUUUGUGAUGGCUGUGACAAAGGCUGCCACACAUACUGCCAUAAACCCAAGAUCACCACAGUACCUGACGGUGACUGGUUUUGUCCCACUUGUGUUGCAAAGGAAAGUGGUCAAUCCCCCUGGAGUAGGAAGCAACAGAGCCGAACAGCUGGAGGAGGGAAGAAAGGCAGUGAGGUAAAACGAAAUAGUAAGCCAUCUGUGGCAGGAGAGCUCAUCAAAGAGGAAGCUGCCAGCAGCAACAGCGUGCCAAAAAAAGGUACCAAGGAGCUCAAGAAGAGGAAAGGAGACGACAGCCCGCCCAGCUCCCAGGCCAAGCACGACAGCCCCGUCUCCUGUGCAAAAAAAGCCAAAAUGCCUAAAGACGACACAAAUGGGCUGGCAGUGUGCCGCGUGCUCCUGGCUGAGCUGGAGAGCCAUCAGGAUGCCUGGCCCUUUCUCACGCCCGUAAACCACAAAGCUGUACCCGGAUACAGGAAAGUCAUCAAGAAGCCCAUGGACUUCUCCACCAUCGGAGAAAAACUCGCCACCAACCAGUACUUAAAUUUGGAGACUUUCAUCAUUGACGUGAACCUGGUAUUUGAUAACUGUGAAAAAUUCAACGAAGAUGAUUCAGAAAUUGGACGAGCCGGCCACAACAUGAGGAGAUUCUUUGACAAACGAUGGACUGAACUGCUGAAGUAAAAAAAAAAAAAGAAAAAAAAAUUAAAGCGUGCUACUUUCUACAUAUCAGACUUUCUUUUGGUGUCAGAGGCCUUCUUUUCACCUGUGACACUAAAUCAGUAUACACUUAUAAUAACACUAAUGUGCAAUUUGAAAGGACAAACACUCCUGAUUUAUCUGGUGAGACAAAAAAAAAAAACACUUAAUGGAUUAGUAUCUUCAAGUGCAAUACUGUUUUCUUUAUCUCAAUGCACUGACUCUUAGACUCAACAUUGUAUUUGGGAAUCAAAGAUUUCACUGUAGAUAGGUAAUUGUCUUUUUUUUUUAAUCACCAGUACUGCAGCAUAGGUUUGUGUAUACGUGUAUUUAUUUUUCAAGUGUUUAUGGUCAGUCUUUUCUAAGAAAAAGUAGGAAAUGGCACACAGCUUUAACAAAAUUUAAAGAUUGUUUUCUGGACUAUUGAACAAGCCAAUCCAAAAAAAAGGUCUUUACAGCAUUGUGACUAUAAGGUGCCGGCAGUGCUACUGUUCAUCUGCAUUUGUGACUUGUGUACAAUACAAGGAGGUAUCACUGACACAUGUAUAGUGUUAAUUUCUGUCUCCGUUUACAGGUCUUAUUUCUAAAGUGUAUAGCUCUGUACAUACUAAACAGUCUUGUUGAAUAUAUUGUCAAUGCAUAAGGAUGAUUGUAGCAUUUAAUACAGUGUAUGUCUUACACAUUGCCUGUGCUGAAUAUCCACUCAAGCACUGUGGUCUCCUCAGUAUUGUAGUGCCUGACCUCUGACCUCUGAACAGUGUGUGGAGGAGUGCGUUUGGUUUUUUUUUGUUUUUUUUUACUAUUUUCAGUGUGUGUACUGUAUGUGUGUCCUGCACAAUAUACUGUAAGAAACCUUUGCAGAAAAUGUAAAAUUCUUGAGAGCUUUUCCUCUGAACAAAAUUGACGUGGUGCACAGUGUGUUUCAUCUCCAAGCAUUUCCUUCAACCAGAGUCUUGUCAGACAUCCUGUGGACAGACGUGAAACCUGCACUGGGCUUUAAUCCAGAUGGGAGUCAGACAGAGUCACGGUCCACUGGAGGCAUCUCAAGACAGCUGAAGUCAGAAGACUUGAAGUAACUGUAUUUUAUUAUUAAUAUUAUGAAAUGAGUAGCACUUUUUGUAGGAAUAUUAUUUUUAAAUAGUGAAUGUGUGGUACGGAUUAAAAUAAACCUGUUUUUCAAACUAA